AUGGGACGGAUUGGAUGGGCUGUUUUGGGCGGCUAUGCAUUGGGCAGUGUGCGCGGUAUUCUGCCAGAAUUGCGGAAUCCUAAUACGAGGCAGUUGCCUCUUAAACCGUUUAUGACGCGUUUGAUGAAUUCCUCAGUGAAACACGGCAGUGGUUUUGCUCAUCCUGCUGGUUCUAUCGUAUUCAUAUUCUCUCUUGCUGAUAUGAUUUUUGGAAAAUUACGUGCGAAAGAUGACCUUAAUGCUGUUGCUGCUGGUGCAGUUACUGGAGGGCUGUUUCGAUGUGCACGUGGUUUACACGCUUCAAUGGUUGGAGCGGGUAUUGGGGUAUUUGCUGCUUUUAUUUGGUUGCUGAGUGAUCAAGAUAGCCGAAAUAGAUUAUGGGAAGUGCGAAAGCACUUGACCGGCAAACAAGAUUAUAGUUAUUGA